CAGCGGCGAGGUUCUGCGCGGGCGCGGCAGACGGGUGGCGCGUGGCGGAAGGCGGGCCUGUUCCCCGGGGUGGGGGAAGGGAUCUAGUUAGCGGAACGGCGGUGGGCGCCACUUCUUAGUGUCGGAGUUUUUCGUGGCGCUCACCUCGGCUCCUGGGGUUCAGUACAGUACGCAGCAGCCACCUUCGCGCCGAACGCGGCAGAGCGCCGCGAGGAGGAACCGCUGUAGGCACGUACGUCUUCGUGAGGUUGCGUCGCGCGCGGAGCACUCUGGGACUUGUAGUUCUGGAGAUGGAGCGAGCUCUGCCGCUCGUGGUGCCUCUGGGUCAGGCAGAGGUGUUUCAGGCCUUGCAGCGGCUCCAUAUGACCAUCUUCUCCCAAAGCGUUUCACCAUGUGGGAAGUUUCUGGCGGCUGGCAACAAUUAUGGGCAGAUCGCCAUCUUUAGCUUGUCUGCUGCUUUGAGCUCGGAAGCCAAAGAGGAAAGUAAGAAGCCAGUGGUGACUUUCCAAGCCCAUGAUGGGCCGGUCUACAGCAUGGUCUCCACCGAUCGACAUCUGCUCAGUGCUGGGGAUGGGGAGGUGAAGGCCUGGCUUUGGGCGGAGAUGCUCAAGAAGGGCUGUAAGGAGCUGUGGUGUCGUCAGCCUCCAUACAGGACCAGCCUGGAAGUGCCUGAGAUCAAUGCUUUGCUGCUGGUCCCCAAGGAGAAUUCCCUCAUCCUGGCUGGGGGAGACUGUCAGUUGCAUACUAUGGACCUUGAAACCGGGACCUUCACGCGGGUCCUUCGGGGCCACACAGACUACAUCCAUUGCCUGGCAUUGAGGGAAAGGAGCCCGGAGGUGCUGUCAGGUGGCGAGGAUGGAGCUGUUCGACUUUGGGACUUGCGCACAGCCAAGGAGGUCCAGACAAUCGAGGUCUAUAAGCACGAGGAGUGCUCCAGGCCCCACAAUGGGCGCUGGAUCGGUUGUUUGGCAACUGAUUCCGACUGGAUGGUCUGUGGAGGGGGACCAGCCCUCACCCUCUGGCACCUCCGAUCCUCCACACCCACCACCGUCUUCCCCAUGCGGGCGCCACAGAAGCACGUCACCUUCUACCAGGACCUGAUUCUGUCUGCUGGCCAGGGCCGCUGUGUCAACCAGUGGCAGCUGAGCGGGGAGCUGAAGGCCCAGGUGCCUGGCUCCUCCCCAGGGCUGCUCAGCCUCAGCCUCAACCAGCAGCCAGCCGCGCCCGAGUGCAAGGUCCUAACAGCUGCAGGCAACAGCUGCCGGGUGGAUGUCUUCACCAACCUGGGCUACCGAGCCUUCUCCCUGUCCUUCUGACCUCUGACCACACCCCCAGCCAGCAAGGGUUUUAGAGUGGUUUUCUUUUUUUUUUUUUUUUAACAAUAAAGUUUCAGGCUUUUCUUCCA